AUGGCGCCGGCGCCCAAAGACCAUUAUGCAUCCUCGCUCCCGCCGGUCCCGUCAUCCGGCUUCGACCCCGGCACUUCUCGCGGAGCCCAAACGGCCGUAGAGUCGGUCGCAGACUGUCCCUUCUGCCACAUCGCCUCCGUCUUCUCUCCAUACGACCCGGCCGACCCGCCGCCGUCCUCCUCGCCGCUCCUCAACCCCGAGCUCACGGGCCCUCAGCCGGCGACCUUCAUCAUCCUCUCCACCCCGCACCUGGUCGCCUUCCUCGACAUCAUGCCCCUCUCGAUCGGCCACGUCCUCCUCUGCCCGCGAGCGCACCGGCCCAAGCUCACCGACGUGUCCCCGACCGAGUCGGCCGAGCUGGGCCGCUACCUGCGCAUCCUGUCCGCCGCCGUCGUCGAGGCCACGGGCGUGGGCGACUGGAACGUGGUGCAGAACAACGGCGCCGCGGCCGCGCAGGUCGUGGCCCACAUGCACUUUCACGUCAUCCCGCGCCCGGAGCUGCGGGACAGGCGGAGCGAGCGGUUCACGGCGACCAUGUUUGGGCGCGGGCAGCGGGACGAGCUGGACGAAGACGAGGCGGUCGAGUUGGCCGAGAAGGUCAGGAGCGCCGUGGCCGAGAUUGUGAGGAAGGACGAGGAGGGAUUUGCAAAGUUGUAA